AUGCUGUUGGAUCCAGUCUCUUCCGCAGACGACGACAAAUCGAGAUCUUUGGCGAGAACCGGUAGUAAUAAGGACGACAACGAAAGUACCACCAUGGGCAAAGGAGGUCAAAGUGUCAAGACGCUCUCGUCGUCGGGUCAAGCCACCACCACUCGAACCACAACGGUCGACAAGACGAUUGUCAAGCAACUUGCUUCUCCACCAACUUCUAGCAAUACUAAUAGUACUGAAGAAUGGAAGUCUCCGUUUACACCGGACAAAAUCGAUCCUCGUGUGGCAGGCAAAUCGAUCAGUGAAAUCAAUGCCGCGUUUCCCACCAAGAGCGAAUUGCGCGCCGUGAUUCCACCGCAUUGCUUUACCCGGCCUCUCCAUUGGUCCUUUUUCUAUGUCGGGUGCGAUAUCCUGCAAGGUGUGGCCAUUUGGUACUUGACUUGUCAUGUCAUUCAAUUACCGGUGGAUCCUCCCGGUCCCAUUUGGACGUGGCAAUGGUGGGCGUGGCGGGCCGCCUGGAAUAUCUAUGGAGUCGUCAUGGGAUAUGCCAUUGGUGGACUCUGGUGUAUUGGACAUGAGUGCGGCCACGGUGCCUUUUCGGAUUACCCCGUGGUGAAUGGCACGGUCGGAUGGAUCUGUCAUUCCGCUCUACUCGUGCCGUACUUUUCCUGGGCGUUUUCCCAUGCCAAACAUCAUCGACGGACCAAUGACAUGGUACAUGGCGAGACGCACAUUCCUCCCCUGUAUAAUGAGUUUGGAAUGGAAAAGCAGACGGAUGGAACUUAUAAGAGACUCCCCGAGGAAGUGGUCGAUGCUCAAGUGGCCAUUUUUGGAGAGGGUGGACCCACACAGGGGGUCUUGUCCCAUUGUUUUGCCGGACAUGCCAGUAUUCAUGAGGAUUGGGGCGAUGAAGCCUUUGCCGGAUUCAUGGUUUGGACGCGGCUCUAUUUUGGAUGGCAGGCGUAUCUGGCGGGGAUCAUUUCGGGUGGCAAACUGGGCGCCGAUCAAAAACCCAUUGCCAAGGAUGAAUUUCCGGAUCACUUUCGACCGCACUCGCGACUCUUUCCUCCCAAAAUGUAUACCAAAGUACUCUUUUCCGAUUUUGGAAUACUAUUGACAGUGGCAGCAUUGGUCUAUGCUUCCACCGUGUAUUCCUUUCGCGCUGUCUGGUUCUACUACUUUGGUCCCUACAUGACCGUCCACGCCUUUUUGGUCACGGUCACAUGGCUCCAACACACGCACGAGUCCGUACCCCAUUUUGAUCUCGAAAAUUGGAGUUGGAUGAAAGCGUCCUUGGCGGGAACCAUUGAUCGACCCCUCUACGGAUGGAUGAAUUGGUGCAGUCACAACAUUGUCACCACCCAUAUUGUUCAUCAUGUCUUUCACGAAAUUCCUCAUUAUCAUGCCGUCGAAGCCACACUGGCGGUACGGGCUUAUUUGGAACCCAAGGGACUUUAUAACUAUGAUGACACGGAUGCGUUGAUGGCGCUUUGGAAAGUCUGCAAGACGUGUCACUUUAUGGAUGCCGAUGAUGAUGGUGUCCAGUAUUAUCGAAAACUCAAGGAUGUGCCAUUGCUGUAUACGAAUACUACCGAGGAAUCAUCCAAGGAAGCGGAGACCAUGGCCAAGAAGAAUGACUAA